AUGCUCUCUUUCCUGCUCACUCUCGGCCUCUACCUCGUGGUCAAAGAUAUACUUGGCUGCAUCGGAGCUCUGAGGGAGCACGUCAGGAUACUUUACGUGUCGGCUCUUUCCCGCGGCGUGCUCUCUUUCCUGCUCACUCUUGGACUCUACCUCGUGGUCACCGCUAUACUCGGCUGCAUCGGAGCUCUGAGGGAGCACGUCAGGAUACUUUACGUGCACGCCUGCUUCUUCAUAUUCCUGGUGUCGAUCGAAGUGGUGGUGGGGGUAGGGGGAGCGGUUCUGAGUGCCUGGGUGGGGGGAGGCAGCGAGCUGAGGCACCAGUUCUUCAGGAACCUGACCAUUGAAGAUGAGCUGUCCACGCACCAAGCGUUUUGGGAUCCAUUACAAUCUGAGAACCAAUGCUGCGGCGUAGACGGCCCGCAAGACUACGCAAUCCUUCACCGCGAGAUCCCUCCCUCUUGUUGCGCCCGCGCACAUCCAUUGCGCGAUGGAGGGGCGCGUCGUCAGAUCCACGCCGCCUGUCUUACUGACAAGACGUAUUACGACAGGGGCUGCGAAGAGGCUUUGAGGCAGAAGAAAGCGUUGAAAGGCAACAUUUUUAUAUCGACUGGCAUUAUUUUUGCACUACUCGAGCUGGCGCUGUGUGAAAUUGUCCAAAAGAUUUAUUAUUUACUACUUACGAUAUACAGCAGCUUAGGGCUCUCCUUCCAAGCACCGAAACACCCGAAUGCAGCGAUGACGAUGAUCAGCACCCCGAUAGCGAUCAGCAACGCGUCGGUCUCGUGGCCUGUCAUGUCCUGCCCCGCGAAGUCCUUGAUCAUGGUCAGGUCCACGCAUGCUGUCGCUAUGAUCACGAUGCCGAAGAUCUGGGGAUGGGGAAAAAGCACAUGA